AGGCGGGCAUUUUUGGAAGGGGAGGUUGUUUGAAGGUUUGCUGAAAAGAUGGCCGAUGAAGAGAAGCUGCCUAUGGGUUGGGAGAAACGUAUGAGCCGUAGCUCAGGUAGAGUUUACUAUUUUAAUCAUAUUACAAAUGCCAGUCAGUGGGAGCGUCCCAUAGAAGGCGGGAGAAAUCAGGGGGAGCCUAACAGAGUCCGUUGUUCGCACUUGCUUGUGAAGCAUAACCAGUCCAGAAGACCGUCCUCAUGGAGGGAAGCAAAUAUUACUCGUUCCAAGGAAGAAGCUCUUGAGAGAAUUAAUUUAUAUAUUCAGAAGAUCCGUUCUGGAGAAGAGGAUUUUGAGACCCUUGCAUCUCAUUUCAGUGACUGCAGUUCUGCAAAGGCUGGAGGAGAUCUAGGAUUCUUUGAGAGGGGUCAGAUGCAGAAGCCUUUUGAAGAUGCAUCAUUUGCACUGAAGGUCGGUGACAUGAGUGGCCCUGUCUUCACGGACUCUGGUAUCCAUAUCAUUCUGCGUACAGAGUAAACUGCUGUAAAUAAAGUCAGGAGGAUGAGGAUUAUAGCAAUGCAGAAAUAACUAAACUUCCUUGCGUCAAAUGAACUUAAAUCCAGUUUAAAAGCCUAGCUCAUUUGACGUCACUGUACCCCUUUUCCCAGGAUCUUGAUGCAGCAUCUCCCACCCCUUUUUCAGGUGCAUGGUCUACCUGGUAUGAGAGUGCUGAGGAAAUGAUACAUGUCAAACAUAUGGCAAAUGUACAGACAUGUGCUGGCAUAUCGCAUCCGCUUGACGUUUGUACUCACAGCCCAGACCACUGGUGUGGUAUAAAUUUUCUGCAUUUGGAGUGGCACUUCACAGCUUCCUUGGUCAUGUCAUUAAACAUACAGAGGCAAGAGAAACACUGGUGGACGUUGGACUGAUUUGUCAGCUGUUAUGCAGAAGAAUGUCAUGUAUUAUGACUGUCUCCAUCCAGUAUCUGUAACACCAUCAUCACUGUAGUGAUGGUUCUGGUAAUUUUUUCCUUGUGAGGGGUUCUGAAUUUUAAGAUUGUUUUAUUAUUUUCUUUGUGUAUGCCUUUGAUUCCUUUUUGAUCACCCUUGUUUAGAAUCUUGUUCUGUGACUACUGGCAUAGAAGAGGCUUGAGAUGGAAGGGUGCCUGUAAGAUUCUGUUUUAGUGUGUGGGAGAGAAGGUGAUCACUGGAGUUAAUUAAAACAUGUUUAAAAUGCAUUCCCAUGGUCUCUAAGUGUGGUUUUGUUGUACAAAGAUGCUUCCACCCGUAUACCAUUACUAUUGUAUCUUUAUUCUUUGCUGUAUGAUUUUAAUUAUGAUGUUGAGGAAAAGUUAAUUUUUGUUUCGGGUGACUGGAGGUGUCCUUUUGGAAGAGGUUCAGUCCUCCUGAAUUAAUUUUUAGGGGUUCAUGAACAGUGACUAGGGUCCACCAUGCCAUUUUUUGGUAUAGUAGUAGUAGUGGGCUUUUGGAGUAGUUAACCAUCAUUGCAGAGAGCAGACUUACACUCUGCAUUUUCCCAGUAGAUGACAGUUUUUGACCCUUUCUGUCAAAAUCAGCCAAGAGAGACAGCCUAUACCUUUCCCACGGCUACCUCUGGUUAAGGUGCUUGUGUAUAGAGCAUGUGAAGAUAAACAGGUAUUAAGAUCUACAAAGACUGAAGAUCCCUUGCAUGAGUGACCAUAUUUGCACCACCUCCAGCUAUUGUUAGAUUUUCAAAUGUUUGUAGAUGUUUUGGCAUUUUGGAUAACUGUGUAAUCAGUUGUCUUUAUUAUUGUAUAGGUAUCAGACUGCUAUCUUCCUGUUCUUGGUACCACUGUGGUAUUUCCUGCAGAUUUUGCCUAUGCCUAGGAAAUGUUCUUAAAUUUAAAAAAAAAAAUUAAAACUUGGAGAGGGUGAUUCGUUCAGUAUUGUCUGAUACUGCUAUUCACCCUCUUCCAUCACUAAGUAAGUUUUGGUAGUUAUGUAGGUGUAAUGUAUACUUUGUUAAUAAAGUUACGUUUACAGA